UUGCAGCUCCGACAGGGAAAGACUACAACUCCCAGAAUUCCCCUUUGCCCAGAAAAGUCCAGCCGGCGUGAGCCUGACUCCCCUCUCCUCUGUGCAGAAAGAGGAGGAGCUUUCUCCCCCCGCCCUCCCAGUCAAUGCUAAGAAGGCAGGAGGGAGCCCUUUGCGCACAAAAAUUAAUAUACCCACCUAGAAUCGGGGAUCAGAGAGAGAGAGAAGUGUGUGUGUGUUUAUGUUUAUGUGUGGAUCCAAAACUCCCCUUGUGGAAUUGGAUCUGGGCCAGCAAGAUCCCUGCUAGAGAAGCUGGGAGAGGGAAUGAGAGAGCCGCAGAUCUAAAUGUUCGCAUGGAGAGCUAAGCUCCUUCCGCGAUUCCUUUGAAUGCAUGCAGUUUUCUUGGGGCCGGUGGGUGCUCUUGGGGCGCACGUGGCGACACGGGGGAUGCACGUCUGAACGGACGCAGGAACGGGGAAGAUUGGGGACGCGCAUCCCUUCAAACACCAAGCCGGAUCAGAAGACAGAAGCUCAACACACCCACGUCGAUCACGGUAGUUUAUUCUGGAGUUUUCCGGGAGUUUGUCCCGGGAUGAAAAUGGAAAGGGAUGUUCCCGAUGGCAGUACGCGAAGGGAAAGCCCCGGGAAAUCCAUUCACGACAAUGUAAACCGCAAACCCAGGAUGGGCUUCGAGGGAGAAAACGAAUCCCCUGAAGCAGUGCAUUGUGGGGGAGCGCACCAGAGAGUGGCUCUGCGCCAGGUGAAGGAGGAGCCAGAAGAUGGUUUGGGCCAGUCCUGGGAAGCCCAGUGGCAGGAGUUUUUGAAGACGGUAGAGUCCCCUCACUCGGAAUGGGGGGUCCCCCAGUUGCCGGAGGAGCCCACCCCCUGGGACGAUGCCCAGGCCUUCUUGGCCUCCUUCGAGCGAGUGGCCAAAGCCUGCCGGUGGCCCAAGGCCGAGUGGAUGGUCCGUCUGCUGCCGGCCCUCAGCGGGGAAGCGGAGCUGGCCUUCAGCAGCCUGGAGGCUGGAGACAAGGAGAAUUAUGGGAAAGUGAAGGCCAUCAUCCUGCGAUGGGAUGCUCUCACGAGGGAGAGGUGGCGCCAGCACUUCCGCUGCUUCCGCUACCAGGAGGCUGAGGGGCCGCGAGGGGUUUGCGGGCAGCUCCAAGAGCUCUGCCGCCAGUGGCUGAAGGUGGAGAGGCACUCCAAGGAGCAGAUCCUGGAGCUGCUGAUCCUGGAGCAGUUCCUGACCAUCCUCCCGCCAGAGAUCCAGAGCUGGGUGAGGGAGCACAGCCCAGAAACCUGCUCCCAGGCGGUGGCCCUGGCCGAGGAGUUCUUGUUGAGGCAGCGAGAGGCCAAGAGACUGGAUAACCAGGUAUUGUUUGAGGAGGACGAGGAGGAAGAGGGUUCGUCUGAGGUUGACCAAACUCCUCCUGAUGCUGUGCAGAGGGCGGCCAACGUGGAAACCAAGCAGGAAGAUGGCGGCCACUACGAUGGGGAUCCGUGCCCAUUGGCAGGCAAAGGAUGGAUGACCGCAGAUGAGGAGGAGAAAUAUUUGCCCGAAGAUUCUGACACGGUGGCGCCACGUGGGACUUCAGCAUGGAAAGAGAGUUUUUCCUCGUCUCAUGAGCUCAAUAGUUCUUCAGCAAGUCAGGAAAGAACGAGGUGCUGUCAGGAAAUCCACCCAGCACAGGAAGCAGAACUAUCCAUUUCCUGUGGGGAAGGUCCCCAGGUCCCCAGUGAACCCACGAUCCAAAUAGAGAUUGAUGCUGAUGAUGUGGGGGAGAACGAGGAAGAACGGGAAUUACCUGGGAUAUUGUCCGGAAGAGAUGGGCAUGAACAGUUGAAGGAGAUCCUUUGGAAUCGAGAUGGACCACAGAUGGAGGAAGGUCAACCACACAGGGAAAAAGAAACACCAAUCCAUUCCUUAUCAGGAUGGGAACUUUUAUGACAUCCCAGAUCAACAAGAACAGGCAGAAAACAGGAGGGUCAAGGGCCUCGAUAUUUGUUGGAGAAUACACACAGAAGAGAAACCAGACCAGACCUUAGUGUUUG